ACAAUGUCAAUACAACCUUGAUUUUAAACGUCAAAAAAAGAACCUUGUGAGAGAGAAGGUCGUUUAUUAUAAUUUUUUGAAAACAUUUCGAUCGAAUUAAAAAUGGCUUCAUUAAGUAAAAAACUAUUAGAACAACUGAAAUCUGCAGAAUUUAGAAAUUAUUUAAUGAGCACCCAUUUUUGGGGCCCUGUAGCUAAUUGGGGUAUACCGAUAGCAGCUAUAUCAGAUUUUCGAAAAGAUCCCAAAUUUAUAAGUCCGGUAAUGACGGUUGCUCUUUGCUUUUAUUCAGCUAUUUUCAUGCGUUUCGCUUGGAAAGUUAAACCCCAAAACAUGCUCUUAUUCGCAUGUCAUUUUACAAACGAAGGAGCACAAUUGGUACAACUAACUAGAUGUGUAAAUUAUAAGUUGAGCAAUAAGAAUAAACCAAUGGACGUCUCAGAUAUACAAGAAACUGCAGCCGAAAAGAAACUUGAAUAGUUAAAUUGAAUUUGUUAGUAAAAAAAUUGUGAGAUUUAUAAAAAAUGUGAUCUGAAAAGUGUACAAAUCCUUAUGAAGGGCAAAGAAGUAGUGCGUUUAUUAUUAAAUUCGAAUUUUAGUGUCUUUUCAACUGAAAUACAGAAUUAUUUUUGUUCUAAAUACAAUUAUAGUAUAAAGAAAUGCCACCAUCAAGAUGCUAUAUAAAGUUUCCAGAAAUAAGAGAAAAAUGAUGAGAAGCAUAAGAGAAAUAAUAAGCUGAACUAAACAAUUAGUUGCAUUAAAAAUAUGACCUCGAAAUGCAAAACUUUUCCUUACGCCCCUUUAUUGAUACAAAUAUUGUUAGGUUAUGUAAAAUAUUCCAUCUUUUGAAGGUGGUGGGGUAAACCGCCAAUGGUUGCCAAGUUUACGACCCUCAAUGUAGUGAAAUGUAGUUUAUAAACGACCUCUUUUUCGUAGAAAAAAAAAUAUAUAAUUUAACAAUAGCGAAUAUAGGUAAUUGUAAAGAACAUUUUACACGCAGCGAUAAAAACCGCACAAAAUUAUUAACUCAAUUUAAUGUGAUUUAUCGAUCUAAAUUUAUGAAACAUCUCAAAUAAAAGUAUGUACAUAUUUUACAUACGUAAGGUGGUACACUGCCAGCUCAAAAAUCUAUCUUCUGUGCCUAACUUCCAUUUUUUGUAAAUACUUUCCUUGUUAUGUUAUUAUGAAAUAUAUUUUUUUUUAUUUAAAUAUG